AUGGAUGGAGGAGAGACAAAUGGUAGUCUGGAGAAGCGUCCUCAGCGGCGGACCAAGCUCAAGUCCCCUGGAAAGGGGCGCCGGAGAGGAUUCUUUAGUUCUUUCAAGAAAUUAAGGCACUUGAAAGUUUUAGACUCAAACUUCACUGAUGAAGUUCCUUGUGAACUUGGGAACCUUACAGACCUGCAUACUCUUGAUCUUGGUUUUAACGAUUUGAGAAUCAGGAACCUUGAGUGGCUUUCUCAUCUUUCUUUGCUGUCAUAUCUUGGCUUGAGUGGUGUGAACCUUAUGAAUCAAACCAGCUUAUUGCACCACAUAACAAGGUUUCCUUUCCUUGAAGAACUUGCAAGUCUUACAAGCAUAGACCUAUCCUAUAAUCGAUUAGAGGGUCCUGAUGCCUUUGGGGAAUUGAUUUUUCUUGAGGUGCUUGUUUUGGACAUAUCAUACAAUGAAUUAAACGGUCCCUUGCCAGAUGUUACCGAAUUUUCAUCCUUAAAAACUUUGAUCCUCAACAACAAUAAGCUGAAUGGGUUUUACCCACAAAGCCCUGGGCUACCUUCAAGUCUUGAAAGAUUAGAUUUAUCUUACAACCAAUUUAGAAGGCUACCUGAAGAAUUAAAAAUUUCCAAAACUAUGUUUUCGGGAUCCAUUUUUCACUUUAAUGCCUUAAUCUUCCUCGUGCUUGAUCUCUCCGAUAACCAAUUAGAAGUAGAGCUUCCUAAUUGCUGGAUCAACAUAAGUGAAUUAACUGUUCUGGAUUUGGCAAAUAAUAAGUUCUCAGGUAUAAUUCCUCCCACUUUGGGCAGUUUGGAUCGGCUUGAAAUUUUACACUUGCGCAACAAUAAUUUCAUUGGUGAAUUGCCUUCAACUUUGAGGAAUUGCACGAGACUGAGAAAGCUUGAUGUGGGAGGAAACAAGUUAACAAUAAUAUUCCGGCAUGGAUAG